AUGGGUAUUUCGUGUUGUCACUUGUUGAACGAGAACAAGGACGAUGCAUCGUUCACAAGGAACAAGAGCGGUCACCUGAUCAAGGUGGACAAGUUCAAGUGUGCCGAUGGAAGUGUGAUGAAGAAGCUGUCGACCAUCUUCGAGGAAGAUGAGAACAUGAUAUCAAAGAAGUCAUCCUUUAUGUCCAUACCUUCUACAAACAAGUUUGUGGGUAUAUAUCAAACAGAGAAGGUGGUGGCACAACCGGUGUGA